AUGUCUCGUCUUGAAGCUAAAAAGCCUCCGAUAUUUAUUAGUGAACCUUUAACUAAAGAUACAGUUAGUCAGUCACUGUCUCUGCUAAGUGGAAUAUUAAAAUCUUGCUAUGGUCCUGCUGGUAGACUCAAACAGCUCCACAAUGGUGUGGGAGGCUAUGUUUGUACAACUUCACAAUCUUCAGCCAUACUCAGUCAUCUUUCUGUCAGUCAUCCCAUACUGAGUGUUUUGACGGCCUCUGUACAGAACCAUAUAUCCCGCUUCAGUGACUGUGGCUUAUUUACUGCCAUUCUUUGCUGUAGUUUGCUUGAAAACUUUAAAAGCCUAAAUGUUGCAUCUUGCACUGUCAUUAAAAUAAGCAAGCAUCUUUUGAGUUUAUGUAUGGACUACCUCAAAUCUGAGGCCUGUGGUUGCCGAGUGUCUGUGGAUUUUAGCAGUCUUGAGACUCUUCUUUGUUUGGUACGUAGCGUAUUAACAAGCAAACCUGCUUGCAUGCUUAAUAAGUCAGAAGUUGAUCAUCUCACCACGCUGAUUUUAAAGGCUUUUAUGUUUACUGUUCCAUGUCAUGUUGAGACUAAUGCUAUUUUAGGAAAGUGUAUCAUAGUACCUGUGAAAGGUAGAAGAGUUGUGGAUUCUACAGUUCUUCCUGGACUACUGAUAGAAGCACCAGAAACUCAGUUGGCUAAACCACUUACUGUGAAAAGAACUUGUUCAAACAUGAUCAAGAUAGCACUGUUUUGUGUGUCCAUGUCGGGAGACCUCUCCAACCCUGAGGAAGGAACUAUAACGGUCCCUUAUGGAAUUUCUCUAGAAAUGUCAGAGCUGAAUCAGUUGCUUAAUGUAGGAAAGCAGCUGGUUAAUGAUGAGGUCGGCCUUGUAGUGUGCCAGAAAGUUAUCCAUCCAUCCUUGAAACAGUAUCUGAAAGAGAACCAUGUCAUCACUGUGGACAGAGCUGGGCUAUCUCUGAUGGAACCCCUGAGUCGGAUGACAGGUUCAAAGCCUAUAGCUUCCAUACAUUCAUUGUCUCCCAGUUGUUAUGGCAGCUUGAAAGAUGUGCGCAUUGAGAGGUUUGCUUCAAAACAUUUUGUGCAUCUAAUUCCUAACGACACAGUUAUCUGCAGCUUGAUACUCUGUAACAGAAAUGAAACAGCAUGGGAUGAAUUGAAGCGCGCCUGUGAAACUGCAGAACAUGUGUUACAGUUAACGAUCAAGGAACCUUUGGCAUUGUUAGGAGGUGGCUGUACAGAAACUCACCUGGCUUCGUACAUAAGACACAAGAGUUGUAGUCUGUCCACGAGCAGUUUUAAAGAUAUAGAUUGUUCUCGGACACAAUAUCAACUGGUUGCUGAUGGGUUUUGCCGUUCUCUGGAGUCUGUAGCUUGCUCUCUGAAUCAUGAUGAUGGAGAAAUUCUUACAGACAUGGUUUAUGGACACUGUUGGUUUGUUCCAUCAGGUUUUCCUUCUGUCUCUAAUUGGUCAGAUUUAGUUUCAAAAUGCGGCUGUGGGAUUAAUGGUAACACUGAGAAUCUCAACUGGAGGCUUUUGCAAGGCCAGUUUAGCUCUCCUAUUAUACAGGGCUGCCCUAAAGACCCCUCUGUAAAGGUUGCUGACUUUCUGACAUUGGACUGUUUUGCUGCAAAGUGUAGUGGCCUACAAGUAGCUCUGGAGACAGCCAAUCUGAUUUUGGAUCUCUCAUACGUAAUUAAAGAUCAAAAUUAG